AUGACCAACGCUACUAUUCAGGAGAUAGAGGGUAUUGAUGACUACUGGGGGCCAGCUUUUCGAUCGGUAUACGAAGGUGAAGGUCAUGAAGCAUUUGUGCAGCAGCUCGAUGAGAGGAUCAAACAGCAUGACAAAGAAAUAGAAAAAUUAUGCAAUUUUCACUACCAGGGAUUCAUUGAUUCAAUCCGUGAGCUGCUUCAAGUGCGCUCACAUGCUGAGGAGUUGCAUGCAGAAAUAUCCAAUGUUGAUGCCAAUGUUAAGGAGGCCACAGAAAGUUUGUGUGCUGGCGCUGAUGAGUUAAUAAGAGCACGACGUGUAGAACUAAACAUAGCUGCCACAAUUGAAAAGAUGGAACUUUGCUUGCCAUUACUCACCACCUAUUCAAAGUUGAAAUCUCAAGUGGAGGCUAAGAGGUACUAUCCUGCUCUGAAGACUCUGGAGCAAUUGGAACACGUGCUUCUUCCACGUGUGGGCCCUUAUAAGUGGUGUUCACAGAUAUCAGCAGACAUACCACGAUUACGACAAUCCAUACAAGACGCUUCUAUGGCUGACUUGAGAGGCUUCCUAGAGAACAUACGGAAACUUAGCCCUCAGGUUGGCGCAAUGGCGUUGAAACAAACUCAAGACAUGUUAGGCAGAAGUCUAGCCUCCAUUGUAAAAAAUAAAAAAGAUAUGGCAGUGUUGGGUAUAGCUGGACGGGAGAACGCGGGCCCACAAUGUCCACAUGAACUGGUGGACUUCAGUCCUCUUCAUCGUUGCUUACACAUACAUAGUGUAUUAGGAGCCAAGAAUGACUUCAUACAGUACUACAGAGCACAGCGAAAACAGCAGGCUCGCUUAGUUCUAAUACCUUCGGGCAACUUGCACGACUCAAUACAGAGUGUGAAGAACUAUUUAAACGCUGUAUUGGGUUUUUUUAUAUUGGAGGAAUAUUUACUAAGUGCUGGAGCAGGUCUGGUGUCCAAAGAUUGGUUAUUGGAUACGUGGAGUAUGGCCAUCACUAAAGUAGCUUCUACGUUGAGGACUAAUACAUCACUCAUCACUGAUCCAACUCUUAUGUUGAGUAUCAAACAUCAGAUCGUGUUGUUUAUAAACACGCUCAAGUGUUACGGCUUGCCUGCAGAUCCCUUGCCUUUGUUAUUGCAAGAGAUGGCGGAGCAUUACACGGAAGUUCUUAUGCAAAGAUGGGUGGUCGUCUUUAGGGAUAUCCUUGAUAACGCGCCAUUCUUACCUAUCGAGGUUGAAAACCAAGAGCAAUAUGAUGGAGUCAUGGAUACGUUCCCUUACGAUGGUGAAGAGUUGGAAACGCAACCGUAUCCUAGAAAAUUUCCGUUUUCGUCGAUAGUGCCCGCUGUAUACGUGCAAGUGAAGGAGUUUAUAUACGCCUGGUUGAAAUAUUCAGCGGGACUUGGACUCGGCGGCAGUAGACGUGCCGCUGCCGCUAGACAUUCAGCAUCAUUACUACUGAGCAGGUCUUUCACUGGUUGCUUGUCUGCACUAUUCCGACGACCUCUGCCUCUCAUGCAAUUAACUCAGAUAAUUGUGGAUACGAAAUAUUUGGAAGAUGCCACAUUAUACUUGUACGAGUUCAUCAGCAAUAUAACUGGAUCUGAGUUGGUUACUACACAAGCUGCAGGUAGCAUGUUCCAAGCGGCAAGAGAUGACGCCGAACAACAAAUUUGCGACAAACUAGAAAAGAAGGUUGACGAAUUUUUGGAUUUGGAGAACUAUGAUUGGUUAUUGGUGGAACCAACGGGUCAAGCAUCUUCUUUUGUCGCUGACAUGCUGAGCUAUCUUUCUGGAGUGUUGACAUCAUUAGAACAAUUGCCUGAGAGAGCUCGAGUGGCAGCAGUCCGUGCUGCUACUAAUCGUAUAGCGACUCGUCUCCGCAACUUGCUGCUGGAUCCGGCCGUGAAGCAGAUCUCGUCCGGUGCAUUACACCAGUUGGACCUGGACGUGAUACAGUGUGAACAGUUCGCAGCUGGAGAACCUGUGCCAGGUCUAAAGGAGGGGGAGUUGCUGGAACACUUCGCCAGUUUAAGACAACUACUAGAUCUGGUUAACGGUUGGGAAUGGUCUUCGUAUCUCCACGAUAUCGGCAAAGAAGGUGGCAAGUAUGCAUUAGUGACGCCACGUGAUGCUGCCACACUAUUAGAGAAACUAAAGGAGGCGGAACAAAAGUCUUCUGUCUUCACUGUCCUCAAGAAGAACGAAAGAGACAGAAAGAAGUUGCUCGACACCGUCUUGAAGCAGUUGAAACAACUGCAGAGUCAAGAUGGCUCGUGA